AUCUGUGAUUAGAAAAGGCAGUAAUUUUCGGAACAAGGCCAGUCGAAGAAUCGGCGACGAGACGUUCUUCGUCUCCGAUAGUUAGAUCGAUUGUGUUUAUUUAUACACAAAGGAAGCUACAAGGAACGGAGUGAAGAGGCGAUAACAGAAGCGUAGAGAUGGGAAACCAGAAGCUCAAAUGGACGGCGGAGGAGGAGGAGGCGUUACUCGCCGGUGUUACGAAGCACGGCCCCGGAAAGUGGAAGAAUAUCCUCCGCGACCCUGAUUUCGCUGAUCAGCUCUCUAAUCGAUCCAAUAUCGACCUCAAGGAUAAAUGGCGCAAUUUAAGUGUUGCCCCUGACAUUCAAGGCUCAAAGGAUAAGAUACGGACUCCCAAAAUCAAAGCUGCUGCUUUCCAGCUGGCUGCUCGCGCUAUCAUUACUCCAACUCCCAGUGCUAACACUUCCCUAGUUGAUCCCCUUCCUCGUACUAGAUCUUCUGAUUUGAGCAUUGAUGAUAGUUGUAACAUUGUGGUUGAUGCAAAGAAUGCUCCCAGGUAUGAUGGGAUGAUAUUCGAAGCUCUUUCAGCGUUGCCGGAUGCUAAUGGAUCUGAUGUCAAUGCAAUUUUUAACUUCAUCCAGCAGAAAAGACAUGAAGUGCCACCAAAUUUCAAAAGGAUCCUGGGUUCAAGACUGAGGAGGCUUGCUGCUCAGGGCAAACUUGAAAAGGUUAGCCAGUUAAAAUCAGGAAAGACGCAGAACUUCUAUAAGAUGAAUGAUCAUAGCUUGGUAAUAAGAACGCCACUUGUAGCGAGACCAAAAGAGAUCAAUGUGAAACCCCGGCAGACAAACAGUCCACGACCCGCUGUUUCACAGGAGAGAGUAUGUGACGCUUCAAAAUCCGCAGCUUUUAAGCUCGUGGAGGUAGAUAUGAAAUUAGAUGCUGUCGAAGUAGCUAUGGAAGACACAGAAAGGAUGAUAAAACUGGCAGAAGAAGCGGAGUUUAUUCUACUGUUAGCGAAAGAGCUGCACGAAAAAUGUUCUCAGGGAAUGUUGGUGGAAAUUAAUUGAGGUUGACGGAACAAAAGAAGCAGCACAGCGCAGCAGAGUGUUUUUGGAGUUUCAUCAGACUCGUUUUGGUAUAUAUACUAAUAGUAAUAGGCUAUUAGCUUUCUUUCUCAUCUUCCCUUUUUUUUUUUAUGAUACCAACUUACUAAGUUGAACUUGAGAACUGUUUUGGACAAAGAUAGAAUAAACUUGAUUUCAUUUUUCGUAAGAAAAUAGGUUGUUGAGUUUAGUAGUUAGCAAAAACAUAGAUUUGUGGUAUGGCUGGAAAUGGCCGUGUUAAUCAUUUUAUUGUAUGCUUUCUUUUCCAAAUGUUUUUUAAUUCCAAUCACAUUCUUUC